GCGCAGAUGUGGGCACCAGUACGGGAGCCCGCCCUCUUCCCCUGCGGUCGGAUCCCGAGCGGUCUGUGAGCUCGUAAUUGUUGCUCCAGGUUCUUUCAGGUCAGUGUGAGGUCCUUCGUCGCCGCAUGCGGAACCCUGAAAUGGGGGGUCUCUGCGUGUCUGUUCUCAGCACUCUGCAAGGCUAGAAAAGGAGGAGGAAUCUGUUCAGAAUCCCUGCAGGACAGGAAAAGGAGGGGAAAUCUCAACAUGGAAAAACUCUGCAGUGAAAAUGAAGGAAUGACUGAGAACGAAGAAAAGAUGGAAUACAAAGAACAGUCACAGGAUGCGGGAGAGCCAGAAGUAGCUUGUACUUUGGAAGACAAGGAAAAGUUAGAAAACGAGAGAAUGACAGAAGAUGAGGAAAUACUAAAGGAUAAAGAAAAGCCAGAAAAUAUGACAAAGCCAACAGAUGGAAAGCCAGAGAGCAAGGAAAAGCCAGCGAUCGAGGGAAAGCCAGAGAGUGAGGGAAAGCCAGAGAGCGAGGGAAAGCCAGAGAGCGAGGGAAAGCCAGAGAGCGAGGGAAAGCCAGUGAUUGAGGGAAAGCCAGUGAUCGAGGGAAAGCCAGAGAGCGAGAGAAACCCAGAGAGCGAGGGAAAGCCAGUGAUGGAGGGAAAGCCAGAGAGUGAGGGAAAGCCAGUGAGCGAGGGAAACCCAGAGAGCGAAGGAAACCCAGAGAGCGAGGGAAACCCAGAGAGCGAGGGAAGCCCAGCGAUGGAGGGAAACCCAGUGAUCGGGGGAAACCCAGUGAUCGAAGGAGAGCCAGUGAUGGAAGGAAAGCUAGUGAUCAAGGGAAAGCCAGAGAGUGAGGGAAAGCCAGUGAUUGAGGGAAAGCCAAAAGAAGAAGAAAAACCAGUAAGUGAGGGAAAGCCAAAAGAAGGAAAACCAGUGAUUGAGGGAAAGCCAAAAGAAGAAGAAAAACCAGUAAGUGAGGGAAAGCCAAAAGAAGGAAAACCAGUAAGUGAGGGAAAGCCAAAAGAAGAAGGAAAACCAGUAAGUGAGGGAAAGCCAAAAGAAGAAAAAUCAGAGAAUGAGGGAAAGCCAGUGAAUGAGGAAAAGCCAAAAGAAGAAAAGCCAGCCAUCGAACCAAGGGUUGCAGGAAAGCGCCCAGCUGGGGAUGAUGUACCCAGGAAGGCCAAAAGAAAAACCAACAAGGGGCUGGCUCAGUGCCUCAAGGAAUAUAAGGAGGCCAUACAUGAUAUGCAUUUGAGCAAUGAGGAGAUGAUAAGAGAAUUUGACGAGAUGGCCAGGGUAGAGGAUGAGGUGAAGAAAACCAGACAGAAAUUGGGGGGGUUUAUGUGGAUGCAAAAAAGUUUACAGGACCCCUUCCACCCAAGGGGCCCAAGGGAACUCAGGGGUGGGUGCAGGGCCCCGCAGAGGGGCUUUGAAGACAUUCCUUUUGUGUAGUGCCCCUGGCAGGCAUUUGCCCAGGCCCUGUGCUUUAACCUUAUGCUAAUACUUGCUUUAGCUAUCACUCUGUUAUCCAACUACAGCCUUUGAUGUUUGAGUAGCAGAUUUUUGUCCAUUGCAUGGAAAAAUGUUUAUGGCAUAUUGUAAAAUUAAAAAGAAAAAAGUUUGGUGAACCAUA